CACACCGGAUGAAUAUACGUAUAGACAGGGGUGUCAUAAAGUGGCCAGUCUGUCUGUUUCACCCUACAGUGUGCGUCAGUGUUCAGCCAAGCCAUUCUUUUAAAAGUAAUAAUGCUACUUGAGCUGAGAUGGUCCGCCCAGUGUAUUCACUAAGCAUUCUGAUUCUCCUGGCCAACCCAUUGCUCGGAGUGUUGUCUACCAUCUGUCUAUCUCCCUGGGAAGGUUCCGCGGCGGUGGGUGAGCAGUGUGUGGUGACUGGGGUCCAGGUGGCGUCUGAUGAGAGGGCCUCAACCUACUCCUUCAACCUCACCAUGAGAAACCCAUCGUGCUCAAGGAGAGAUGGCCUGAUAAUCAGCCGGGUGAACUGCGAUGGAUACAAGCAAGAUCACAAGCUUCGGCCCCAGGAUGAAGGCAAGAUCACCCAGCUCGUACUGCGCGGGAAGUGGAAGGUGAAGGUGGAGCAGAACGAGGUGUCGGGGGUGAUGGGCCCCGUCGAGUCUGAAUGCUUUCCCAGUCUGGGCUUGCUGCUGUCCCCUGAGAUACCUUUACUGUCCUUCACGCCCAAAGAACUAACUAUCAUUCUUCCUACCGAUCCGAGAGUGAGCGGCUGGUGUAUUGACACAUACAAAAUCAUCGAGAAGAGCGAGGCCUAUGCAUGUAAAUAUUCUACAGACUUCUCACGUGUGCAAAAAAAGUUUCGCCGGAAUCCUCACCUCAAGAACAGGUGCCAGAACAGCGGCUCCCUAAAGAUCGCCUACGACUUCGACCCCGACGGCUGUUACUGCUUCGUGAUGAAAGCGAUCACCGAUUUGAGUCUGAUUCCUCCCCAAGUCCUCGUCUCCACCAACAGCUGCAGGUCCUCCCUUCCGCUGGUUGAGAACGGCAAGGAUUCAAUGGCCCCCCUGCCUCUCACGGAACGGGAGAAGCUUACUUUGGCCCUGGUGGUGGGGCUGCCGCUGGUGACGGUGGUGGUGGUGGUGUCGCUUCUGCUGGUGGCAACCCGUUGUCAACCGCAAUGGCUCGGCGACCUCUUGGCCUUGCGUCGCCGACCAGCAGAGGGAAAGAAAAAACCUGCGCCGCGUCAGCCACUGCGUGAAGACAAGGUAGUGUUGCUCCUCCACGCCCGAGACACCUCAGGCAACAAGACCCUGGCCAUCCUCAGAAAACACCUCCAACCCGAGUUCAAGGUACACGAUAUUUUUGAGAACGGUGACCCCGAGAGACUGGCCGACCCCACCGGCUGGCUGCUGGCGAUGGUGCAACAGGGUUCGGGAGUUAAGCUGCUGCUGGUGGAAUCUCCCGCGCUGCAGAACCAGGUGCAAACCAUAGUCCAGUCUUCCACAGAGCUCAACAACCUGACUGGGAGCGGCAAGGUGAGGGCGGCGGAAGACAGCAGCUCUCCGGUAGCCCGUGAUGGGGACUUCCUUUUGACCUUCGCCCUCCGACAAAUUCUCUGCACGGACCUCAAACAAAACUACUCGAGGGUGUUCGUUGUGAGGUUGACUGACGCUCAGGAGCAGGGGUUGGUGCAGUAUGAGGACUGGCUUGACCUCGUGGUGAAGACAGCACGCUACAAUCUACCCUGCCAUUACAACAGACUCAAAGAGGACUUGUUGAUGUGAAAAGAGGAAGAUACCGAAAAACACCACACAAGCAUUAACGAAGGCGUGUAUAUCUGAUGAAGUUCAAUUUUUAUAAUUUGUCGAUGUGUUAUCAAUACGUAGGAGAGUUAGCUUAUCUUUUAGCCUUGUGUUUCCUCACUCUUUAGCGAUCACUUUAAAUUUUGUAUUGAUAGUGAACAUGAAACCGUAUGCGCCAGGACAAAGGACCGAUUUUAUGACCCAGUAAUCGACAAUAUCAUGAGACUGAGGUCCAGACUCUCAAACAUUUCAAGCCUCGUACACCCACAUUUGGCAAGGCAUUCUUUGAGGUUGUAGGCAUUCCUAUUGGUAAUUUUAUGAGUCUAGUAAUAGUUUGACAGUUUCUGCACCAUAAAAGGGAGCAACACUAAUGAAAACACGACUACUCUCCUUUGUGGUCUUUGGAAAUGGUGGUUGUGAGAGCCGUACGUGAGCCUCUGAGAAAACUGGCCUGAGUGGCAUGUGAAGGCAUUGCAGAUGGGCGUGCAAAAUAUUAGUUUCAAUUUGCCUUAGAACCCAGUCACUCGGGUGGGGAAGUGGGGGUGGAGAUCCAAUCCAAUUCGGUGCCAGUGCCAAGCCCGUGUCAAUCGGGAGUGCUGGGGUCAGGAAGGGCAUCGAAAUCAGAGGACGGGGUGUAUGAUCGGGCUGGGUGAGGGAGAGUUGUCAGAAGCAUUAAGCACACAUAGAGGUAGGAAGAAUGUACAUAAGUUAAAUUUGAGUUGCCAGAAACAUUAAGCACAGAUAGAGGUAGGAAAUAAAGUAUAUAAGUUAAAUUUGAGUUGCCAGAAACAUUAACCACACAUAGAGGUAGGAAAGAAUGUACAUAAGUUAAAUUUGAGUUGCCAGAAACAUUAAGCACAUAUAGAGGUAGGAAAGAAUGUACAUAAGUUAAAUUUGAGUUGUCAGAAACAUUAAGCACACAUAGAGGUAGGAUGAAUGUACAUAAGUUAAAUUUGCCAUAGACUAAAUUACGUUAGCAAGACGUUACUGACCCAAAGUAAAGCUGUAUAUACAAAUUCACCAUCCUGUCACGGUAGUGAUGAUAGUUACGGUGAAAGGAUGAAUGUCAGUGACUAUAUAGCUGUGUAAAGCUCGCACUCAUGCCUCGGUGUGGUCAUGCCUUUACACGAGGAGGCUGGCACAGAAGAAAUGAAAGAUUGUUUAUACUCACUGAGGGAAAGUUAAAGUAUGCCUCCGAGAUCAUUUAAAUAUAUAUUACUUUGUAGUCGCGCCUACGGGACUGUCGGCCUGUCGCGCCUAUGAAGGGUAAAUGUAUGGAUUAAUGUAAGUAAAGUGUCGCGCCUAUGGAGGGUACAUGUAUGGCUUAAUGUAAUGUAAGGAUAAUGUAAGGACAUAGAUGUAUAAUAUAGGGAGAAAGAGCGGGGCCCUCCGAGCGAGUUGUAGGUGCGCCCCGAGUGGGCUGUUCACACAAUACAGAGGCAGGGGAGAUCAGAUGGGCAGGGAUAGAUGGUGUUAAGAAGAGGCCCUAACCCCGGGGUUAAAAGUGCUAGCUAUGGGGAUGGGGGGGGCGGGGUCUCGCCUCAGGCCCAGAGAUAGAAGGAAGGCGAUAGGGCCAGGGCACGGAGGUCUUCCCCUUGCGCUGGCUGAGGGGUAAGGAGAGGAGCCGGUGUCCGCCUGCCUGUCCCCGCAGCAGACAGGAAAGAGAGAGGAACUGUAAAGCUGUUAUAAGAUCGCUCAAUAUUGUAAAUUACAUAAGUUUGGUGUUAAUUGUCUCGUAGGAUAAGGUGACAUUUGGUUUAUGCUAGUAACUGUGUUCUAUUGUUGUUUGAUACGUGCUUACUCGAGGUGUAUUGCGUACCUCACAGGUUUACUGCAUUAGAGCGAGUCAAAACGAG